GGAGAGUUUGAUUCUCCGUGUCUGCAAAACACUUAAACCCCCUCUUCUUCUCUCCUUUCUCUGCAUCUCCACAUACAGAACAAGCUGCGCUGUGGAAAAUAUGUCGUCUCGCGAUACGGCAGAAAAGUUCGGACUGUUGUCGGACGGGAUUGGUUCGGAGGGCAAAGGUUAUACCUCUUCCGCCGAGCCCCGUUCGCGAGGACUGUCCACGCGGAGCAAGACUUUCCUUACGACACUUGCCGUGCUAUUUCUCUUGUUUGCCUGGCAUGCCAAGCACGGUAAACCGAUGUCUUGCGGCGAGAAGUCGGCGAAGGGGGAUUAUGGCUGGGGAGAUGUUUGUCCCCCUCGCUGCUGCUGUGAGAGGUAGCGGAUUAACGGGCGACCGCAGAUCACCCCAACCGAGGACAUCAACCUCUACCCCUGCUUCAACGGCUACAAGUGUGCUCGCCUGGCCGUCCCGCUAGACUACACCAACCCCUCUCCGGACCGUACCGCUGCGAUCGCAGUUACAAUCCUCGAAGCCACCGACACUAGCAGACCCUACGGCGGUCCCGUUCUCAUCAACCCUGGCGGUCCUGGCGGCUCGGGGGUGAAUUUAGUCCUAGUCUAUGGCGAAUUACUCCAACAGAUCAUCGGCAGCCAUCACUCCAUCGUAAGCUUCGAUCCUCGCGGUGUGAAUAAUACCACUCCCACAUUCACAUGCUUCGAGGAGGCUCUGCAGAGGGAGGUUUUUCUUGAAAAGGAUGACGGAAAGGUUCUCGCCGGCGGGAGCGAAGUUGCGGAAACCUACGCACGGUUUAAAGCUCUUUCCGAGAGUUGCGGAACGGUGGCUGGGGAGGAGAAGGGCGGGUAUGUCAAUACUGCCUCGGUGGCCAGGGACAUGCUGGAGAUCUCGGAGGGGCUUUGGGGGUUGAGUGGAGUGAGUGGGAGAGGCUUGCAGUAUUGGGGCUUCAGUUAUGGGAGUGUGCUUGGGAGUACCUUUGCUGCCAUGUUUCCCGAGAAGGUUGAGAGGGUGGUUGUCGAUGGUGAUCACUUUCACCCUAUCUAUUUCACGGAGAAUGAGCGCUGAUCGGGAUGAACAGGAAUCUGCGAUGCGGAAGACUACUACUCUGCGUCCUGGAAAACUAGCCUCCAAGACACGGACAAAGUUCUCGCUAGCUUCUCGACGUACUGCUCCCAGGCUGGCCCCUUGAGAUGCGCAUUCCACACUGGCUCGACACCCGAGGACGUCACCAUCCGCCUACACAACCUGCUCCAAAAGCUCUCGGCAGAGCCACUCCCCAUCCCUUCCUCCCGAUCGACCACCAGCGCCCCGGAAAUAAUCACGGAAUCAGACGUUCGCAACCUCCUCUUCGCCUCCCUCUACUCACCGCUAAGCUCGUUCCCGAUCAUGGCCCAGAUCCUGGCCGCCCUUGAAUCCGGCGAUGGGACGGGGUACCUAACGGUCGCCCGCACGGGCUUCGAAUGCGACUGUCCCGGAAACCCAAGAACGCCAAAUACCGGCGGCGAGGUAGCUCUCGCGGUCGCAUGUUCUGACGGCGCACCAGUGCCCGACGAUAGAAGAGCGUUUGACGAGUACCUUCAAGAGUUGACCUCGCAGACGAGGACUUUCGGAGGUGUGUGGGCGAAGCUCAGGCUUGGCUGUAUAAACUGGAGCUUCCGUCCCAAGGGCUUGACCUUCUCGGGACCUUACAGUGGGAACACCAGCACCCCGAUGCUAAUCAUCGGGAAUACCAGGGAUCCGGUCACUCCACUCAUAAAGUGCCCUCCCUUCCCCCUCUCUCCUUCUUUUCCCACCCUUCAGUGCUAAUCGGUGUACCCCAGUGCGCAUACCAUGUCCAAAGGCUUCCCCGGCUCAGCCGUGCUCGAACAAAACUCGGAAGGUCACUGUUCGAUAUCCGCACCAUCGCUAUGCACAGCAAAGCACAUCCGUAGGUAUUUUGAAACGGGGGAGGUCCCCCCUACAGGCACGGUUUGCGAAGCAGAUAUGAAACCAUUUAUCGGCGCUGGGGACGUUGUCAAGACCAUGAGCGCGGAGGACAAAGAAUUAUUGAAAGUGUUGGAGGAGCUGGCAAUGGGGUUGAAGCUGAAACCUUUGUUUCGGCAUUAGACGCGUGCUGGGUGAACUGUAAACAAGCAUAGAGAGAAUAAAUGAUACCCAACUC